UCACUCUACCCCCCUCCUCUCCCCCGCGAUGGCGUUGGCCGAUGUCCCUCUCAGUCUCUCCCCUCCUCUCCCCACUGUGCCGCCCACCACGUGCGUCUCCCAACUACGCCGCCGCCCCCGCUGCCGCCGCCCUCCUGCGCUGCUGCGAAGGAGGCAACCACCGCCGCCCACCUGCGCAGCUCAACAACCGCCGACCCACCUCGCCCACCGCGGCCCACAGCUGGACCACCUCCUCCCCGAGGAGACCAGGAACUCCGCCUCGCCGAGAGCUACGCCAUCCUCGAGCCGCGCUUGCUGGGGAGCCGUGGAUCGACGGAAUCGCUCCCAUCUCCUCCCACUCGCGCCUCUCCUAUCUUCCCCGAUCCGUUCAAAAGAAUUAGGGUGCCCCGCCGGUGUAGUGGUGCGCCGCUCGCCGCCGCUGGAGGUCCGCUGCUCGCCACCUCCCCCCCCUCUCGAUUGCUUGCUAUGCAGCCUGGGCGUCGUGGUCCACCGCUCGCUGCCGCUGGACGGCUGGAGGUCGUCGGCACCCAAGUACCGCCCAUGCUCUGGCGCUUGCACGCCGCCGGCCCUGCCCCAUCCCACCCUCCGCCACCACCUUCCCCACCCAGAGCUCGGAUUUACGACGCCCACUGCUUUCCAGUUCGAGCUUCGCCUCGACCUCAUCCCUGCUGCCGCCGUCUUCCUUGAACUAAGGAAGCCCUCAUCUGAUACGCUCUCGUCCGCGACGUGCUUCUCCAACCAUUGGUACGUGACGGUGGUUCGGUCCGGGAGGUGGCUCCUGCAAUCCUGGCGUCGCCGCAGCGGUGGUUCCAUUCCGGCGGCAUCAGGGGAGCACACAACGUCCACGAGCAGCAAGCAGAGCCGGCCAAUGAUGCAGCAGCGCUGGCCAUGAGGAGACGCCUGCCGUGGCGGACGCGGAGACAACAGCCAUGGGCGUGGAAGACGGUUUUGGAUCCUGUGAGCCGCCGUCGCUGCCGCACAGGAAGUCAACGUGGGCCUUCUGCUGCUCCAUGUCCAACAAGUCGCCCACGAGGCGUCAGUGUGGCAUUGCUAGCUCCAGCUUCCCCCUGCAAUCGUCUCUGCCGCCAGCACUUGCACGCAAUCGUGCUGGUGAGGCUCUUCAUGUUUACUUUGUUCUGCUUGUAACAUGGCCUAUACGCACAAAUAUUUUGCAUCAUCUGAACAAAUGAUGGUAAGUUGAUUCAUAUGUAAUGUGACAUCCUGAUUACAAGUUCUGUUAGAUUAGUUUUUCUGUUGGAA